AUGAAUAACUACUUCCAAGGAGUCAGAAUUGACGUUUUCAAAAGGCCCUAUCGAGUUUACACUGGAGCAUUUUGCGGAAAGCCUCAACUAGAUGAAGGAGGCAAAAUUAUUUUGCCAGCAUCUGCUUUAGAUGAAUUGGCAAGACUGAAUAUUGUAUAUCCAAUGCUUUUUAAGAUAUCUAAUCCAAAGAAGAAAAAGUACACUCAUUGUGGUGUAUUAGAAUUUAGCGCAGAGGAAGGAAGAGCAUACAUUCCGUUCUGGAUGCAAGAAUAUUUACAGUUAGCUCCUGGUUCUCUUGUAAAUAUUGAAAGUGCUACUCUACCGAAAGGAACAUUUGUAAAAAUCAGACCUCAACAGAAGGCUUUCAUUGAGAUAUCCGAUCCAAAGGCUGUCUUGGAAAAGCAAUUAAGAAACUUUUCAUGUCUCUCCCGAGGCGAUACCAUCAUCAUUGCUUACAACAACAAACAAUUCUUCAUUGAUAUUGUGGCUGUCGCAAGCGCUAGUGGGGAUUGUGAAGCUGUCAGCAUUGUAGAAACUGAUGUAAAAGUAGAGUUCGAAAGACCAGCAGAUAUGCCUCCUUCUCCUAUCAAUCCACAAACUCCAUCUGCUGAUGAAUUAUUUAAAGUUAAAACUCCUUCUCAACAACCACCAACAACAACUCAACCAGCAAAAGAAGAGCCAGCAAAAGAAGUUCCAAAAUUCACAGGUGUUGGACGUAGAUUGGAUGGAAAGGGUGUUUCUUCCUUGUCACAACCCUCUUCUUCCACACAAGCCACCACACCACCCUCCUCUUCAACGAAACCUACUACUGCAUCUUCCUCUUCUCCAUCCACCACACCACCAUCGAACGGAACAUCUCUCAACACUUCUGGACUUGUUGUAGGAAGAAAAAGAAAAACCUAUGGUGAAGAAGAUAAGUCCAAACAAACUGGAACUACCAGUAGCUCAACAACAACUGAAAAGAAAGAAGAGAAUAAGUUUAAGGCAUUUUCUGGACAAGGCAGAAGCUUGAAAUAA